UAGUGAGAGAAUCUGAUGUUAGUGAAUUGAAGCUCCCUCUCAUCCUCUUCAGUCUUCACUUUCUCUUUGAUCUUUUGCUUUUCCUUCUCUCUGUGACGAUGUUUGGUCAUUUCCUUCUCUCAUAGUAUUUUUUACAAACUACUUUUUCCUUUACUUUCCUUGAAGAUUCUUCUCUUCACUCUCGGCUGUGUUUCUCUCUCUCUCUCUCUCCCUCUUCAGCAUCCCCAAAAACAGACUGUGAGAGGAGAAAAGCUUCUUAAAAAUUAAAAUAGUCUACAGCUUUUAUUUCCUUGUCUGCCAUUAGUGUCCCCUUAAAUAUAACAACACUUCACUACAUUUCCCUUCACCUUCUUCUCUCCAUACCCCUCUCUUUACUGUAGUGUUUCUCACUCAGGGAAUCCUUUUUCCGGCCAUUUUCCCGGUGACUACUCUCACUAUAUCGCACUCUGUUUUAAUUUCAAUGAACAUGGGAUGAAAACAUAAACACUCUUUUCUUAUGUUAUUUGUGAAAUCCCAUCUGGGUUUUUCUCUGGACUCCAUUUUCUCACCUGGGUAUUCUUCAAAAAUCAAUCGUCACCAUUAACAAGCCAAAAACCUCGAAAUAUAAACAGAGAAGCGGGAUGAUAAGUCUAACAGACCUCUACCAUGUCCUCUCAGCUGUGGUCCCACUCUAUGUGGCCAUGAUUUUAGCAUAUGGUUCUGUCAAGUGGUGGAAGAUCUUCAGCCCUGACCAGUGUUCAGGAAUCAACAGAUUUGUUGCUCUAUUUGCAGUCCCUUUAUUGUCAUUCCACUUCAUAGCCAGCAACAACCCUUAUGCCAUGAACUACAAGUUCAUAGCUGCUGACACACUCCAAAAGAUCAUAGUCCUUGUGGUUUUAGCAAUCUGGUCAAGAACCAGCUCUAGAGGCUCCCUUGAAUGGUCAAUCACUCUAUUCUCUGUCUCCACCCUCCCAAACACUCUUGUCAUGGGUAUUCCUCUGUUGAAAGGCAUGUAUGGGGAGGCCUCUGGCAGUCUUAUGGUCCAGAUAGUUGUUCUUCAAUGCAUAAUCUGGUACACAUUGAUGCUGUUUCUUUUUGAGUACAGAGGAGCAAGACUAUUAAUUGGUGAACAGUUCCCAGACACUGCUGGGUCUAUUAUCUCUUUCAGAGUCGACUCUGAUAUCAUCUCCUUAGAUGGGAAAGAACCAUUGCAAACAGAUGCUGAAGUUGGUGAAGAUGGGAAACUUCAUGUCACAGUGAGAAAAUCAACUAGUUCUCGCUCUGAAAUCUUCUCUCGCCGAUCCAACAAUGGUCCUCAUUCUGGCCUUUCACUGACACCAAGACCUUCAAAUCUAACCAAUGCAGAGAUUUACUCACUGCAAUCUUCAAGAAACCCUACUCCAAGAGGCUCUAGCUUUAACCACGCUGACUUUUAUUCCAUGGUCAAUGGGAAAAAUCCAAGCAGUGUGAGUCCUAGACAUUCCAACUUCGGUAACAAUGGCUUUGAUGAGGAAAAUGGAGGCAUUGGUGUGUACGGUGGUCCACCAAGGCCUAAUGGAACGGCAUAUCCAACCCCACCAAGUGCUGGACUAUUCUCUCCGGUGGCUGGACCUGGUGCGAAGAAGAAGGCUAAUGGAACAGACGGUGGCAAGGACCUGCACAUGUUUGUAUGGAGCUCAAGCGCCUCACCAGCAUCUGAAGGAGGGAUUCAUGUUUUCAAAGGAGGAGAGUAUGGGAACGAUCCUCUUGGUAAUGUGGGUCAUCACCAAAAAGAUUACGAUGAGUAUGGUCGAGAUGAGUUCAGCUUUGGGAACAAGCAGGCUACGAAUGGGGUGGACCGGGAAGGUCCAGUGCUCUCUAAGCUUGGUUCAAGCUCCACAACUGAGCUGCACCCCAAGAGUGGGACUCUUGAAUCCAACAAGCCAACUGCUAUGCCACCAGCUAGUGUCAUGACAAGACUCAUUCUCAUUAUGGUUUGGCGUAAACUCAUUAGGAACCCCAACACUUACUCCAGCCUCUUCGGCAUCACCUGGUCUCUAGUCUCAUUCAAGUGGAACUUGGAGAUGCCAGCUAUAAUUGCAGGAUCAAUAGCUAUUCUAUCCAAUGCUGGUCUUGGAAUGGCCAUGUUUAGUCUUGGUUUGUUCAUGGCGCUGCAGCCAAGGUUGAUAGCUUGCGGGAAAUCUAUUGCUUCCUUUACCAUGGCUGUAAGGUUCCUUACAGGCCCUGCUGUCAUGGCUGCUGCUUCCAUUGCUGUUGGAUUAAGAGGAGUCUUGCUGCACGUUGCCAUUGUGCAGGCGGCUCUUCCACAAGGGAUUGUCCCAUUUGUCUUUGCUAAGGAAUACAAUGUUCAUCCUGAUAUUCUUAGUACUGGGGUCAUAUUUGGGAUGCUAAUCGCUCUUCCUAUCACACUGGUUUACUACAUCUUUCUUGGACUCUAAAUAUGAAGGCAAUAGGAGCUAACAAGGACAAAAGGCAUUGAUAAAUUCUACCUAUUUGACCCCCCAUGUUGGAGGAUUUUUGAGUUCUCUCUAAUGGAACUUAGUAGAACUUUCUGAAGAUUCUAGAGAAGAGAAAUGGAGUACUAAUAUUGACUGACAUGGCUGUCAUGUAAGAGAGAGUAGGGGGUUUUGAGAGAUUUUGACUAUUUUGGAGACUAGUUUUUCUUUGAACAAUUUGUGCCUUGUGGGUUUUGUUCUGAUGAAAAAAGUGAAGCUUGUUUUGUAGUUGGAGAUUACCAUUUCUUCAUGACCUUUUAAUUUUAGAGAUCACAAUAGAAAACCCAAUUGCUCA